AUGAAUGUUGCCGUGGAAUUGCCACCUUCUUCCGAAGACAAGACCAUAAUUCACGCUCUCAACAUUCCUCCUACCAAGUUCAUCAAGAUACCGCGCCUACCUACCUCGAUACCCCGUAAGCCGACGAUGGGCUUCAUACCACCACACAUGCUCAAGGCCAAAGCCGCAAGCCAGGACGUCUCUGCUGAAGAGCGGGAGGCGUCGCGGAGGACGAUGCAGUUGGAUGAUGCUAGGCAGGCGCAGAGGAAGGACGUGGAGAAGGGGAAGACGAGUGGUGGUGGAAGUUCGACGGAGGUGAAUGGCGAGCAGAAGAAGGGUGGGGAGGGGGAGAAGAAGUGA